UAAGGACACCAUGGCUAGUGAAUCUCCUGGCGGUUCUCCUCUUUCUCUCUUUCUUAGCACUUUCACUCGGAACGGCUGCCAGCUUGAUAUAAACUCACUGAAAGGCAAGAAAAGGAACCGCUGGUUCAAGUCACGCAGCUUUGAUGUGGACAAUGGCACCUCAUCAGGACGUAGUCCGCUGGAUCCCAUGGCCAGCCCGGGGUCAGGUCUCAUCCUCCAGGCCAACUUGGUGCACAGCCAGAGGAGAGAGUCAUUCCUGUACCGCUCUGACAGCGACUAUGACCUCUCACCAAAGUCUAUGUCCAGAAACUCCUCCAUCGCCAGUGACAUACACGGUGAUGACAUGAUUGUUACCCCUUUUGCACAGGUUCUGGCGAGUUUAAGGACUGUCCGGAAUAAUUUUGCUGCUUUAACAAAUGUACAACAGGAAAGGCCCAAUAACAAGAGAUCCCCCAUGUGUAACCCGCCUCCCAUCACAAAGACCUCCUACACAGAGGAGACCUACCAGAAACUGGCCACAGAGACCCUGGAGGAGCUGGACUGGUGCCUCGACCAGCUUGAGACCCUACAAACAAGGCAUUCAGUCAGCGAGAUGGCAUCCAACAAGUAUGUGUUUGACUUUGUGUCAUUUCAGGAGCUUGAAGAUGUAAAUAAAUGGGGCCUUAAUGUCUUCAAAGUGUCAGAAUUUUCUGGGAACAGACCUUUAACGGUUAUGAUGCACACAAUAUUCCAGGAGAGGGACUUGUUAAAGACGUUUAAAAUCCCCCUGGACACGUUUAUCACCUAUCUGAUGACUUUAGAGGACCAUUACCAUGCUGACGUUGCCUAUCACAACAACAUCCACGCUGCUGAUGUCACACAGUCCGCUCACGUCCUGUUAUCAACCCCUGCCCUUGAGGCUGUGUUUACAGACCUUGAAAUUCUCGCUGCCAUAUUUGCCAGUGCGAUACAUGAUGUUGACCAUCCUGGCGUCUCCAACCAGUUUCUCAUUAACACUAACUCUGAGCUGGCCCUCAUGUAUAAUGAUUCGUCUGUGUUGGAGAAUCAUCAUCUGGCUGUGGGUUUUAAACUGCUGCAGGAAGAGAACUGUGACAUCUUCCAGAACCUGACCAAGAAACAGAGACAGUCACUUCGCAAGAUGGUCAUUGACAUUGUUCUGGCCACUGACAUGUCUAAGCACAUGAAUUUGUUGGCAGAUCUGAAAACCAUGGUGGAGACCAAAAAGGUGACCAGUUCUGGGGUAUUACUGCUAGACAACUACUCUGACAGGAUACAGGUCUUGCAGAACAUGGUGCACUGUGCAGACCUCAGUAACCCCACCAAGCCGCUGCAGUUGUACAGGCAGUGGACAGACCGCAUCAUGGAGGAGUUCUUCAGCCAGGGGGACAGAGAGCGGGAGCGCGGCAUGGAGAUCAGCCCCAUGUGUGACAAGCACAACGCAUCAGUCGAGAAGUCCCAGGUGGGCUUCAUCGAUUACAUUGUUCACCCUCUGUGGGAGACGUGGGCUGACCUGGUGCACCCAGACGCGCAGGACAUCUUGGACACACUGGAGGACAACCGAGAGUGGUACCAGAGCACCAUCCCCCAGAGUCCCUCUCCAGCGCUGGACACCAGCAGCGAGGGCCGACGCACCGCUGGCCAGGAGAAGUUCCAGUUUGAACUGACUCUGGAGGAGGACGGAGAAUCGGACACAGAGAAGGACAGCGGCAGCCCUCCUGAUGAAGAAGAGGAGGAAGAGGAGGAAAACAGCUGCAGUGACUCUAAAACCCUUUGCACACAGGACUCCGAAUGUACAGAGAUCCCCCUGGACGAGCAGGUGGGGGACACACAUGACAAGGAGGAGGAAGAGGACGAACAGGAGGAGGAAAGGGAAAUAUCAGAACCCUGUGUUUUAGAGGAGGAGGAGGAGGAGGAGGAAGAGGAAGAGGACACUGCCAACACAUAACACAGUAUGACACAGCACCUGAACUUUUUUUAUAUUAGAGAUGAGAAACACUUAUUUAUGGUUAAGAUACUAGUUUUUUUCAUUGUCUAUUUUACAUAUGUCGUUCAAAAGUGCUUUUUUAAAUGUCCGCCUUUAACCUGAUUUUUAUUUUUUUAUCUUUUUUGUUAGUUACAACCAUUUUUACACUCAGGAAUAUCUUUUCCACUCAAACCUGUCAUUCAUACAAACAAACGUAACAAAUGAAAGGUUAAAAAGCUUGACUUUUAUUCCUGAUUGUAAGGUACUUUUAUUUUAUUUUUUUCCACUGAAACAGUAUUUCAGAAACAUUGAACUUAGAAAGCAGCUGUUUUUUCACCACAGAGACACUAUUUUUUCCUGUUCAUCUGAAGAAAAGUGGCAAUUCGAAGCAUUUUUGCAGACAAACACUAGGAGUGAAUACUUCAUGCUUUGAACUUCACGUCUUCCUGAUGCCUUGAAUGUGUUAUUAAUCUGGAUUUAGCUCUCUGUUGUGUUUGUGUAGCAUUAUUUGAAGCGUAUGGACAUGGUACCAAAGUCAAAAGAACUCGCGAGACACCAUUUUCACAGACAAUACACAUUUUCAUUUAAAUGACCAUAUUUGGGGUAAAUAUGGUAGUUUGCACAUCUUUUUAUUAUUAUUUUUUUUACCCUUAUUUGUUGCAUCCAAUCCAGAUCUGAAAAUGGUUCAUUUAAAAAAAAAAAUUCUUAUUUUGUUUUAAACAAUAAGUUCCUCGGCUUAUUAAUAAUACCUAAUUAUGGCCAUGUUUCAAUGUUUUAAAACUUUAUUCCCCCAAGAACAAGAACUCAUAAUUCUGUUAUAAAAUAAUAGCUUGAAUAAGCCUUAAAUGUUUUGUUGCCUACCAAAAAUGUACAAAAACAUACAAGCAAUGGAGUAAAAUGAAUCCUGGUUAUCAC